GGAGAGUUUUUGUUAAGUGGUCCAAAUGCACUUGGUAUGUUUGUUACUUGUGAAGGCAUAUCACAACGGCCACCAUUACAAUGGUCAAGUAGCGUCAUGGCAACAGGAUUCACGUUCCCAUAUGUGUCUGCACUAGAUGAUGAAUUUAUCACAGUUCAUAGUAUCUUAGAUCAACAGCAAAAACAGACCAUUCCAUUCCAGGGAGGGAAGGUGAUGAAUAAUUUUGAGGGGAGAUUAUUUGUUGCAUCCAAUAAAGAAGUCUAUUCUUUAGUGCCUGUGCCAGUCGAUAAACAGAUACAAGCCUUGCUGCAUGACAAGCGUGUUGAUGAGGCACUUGCUCUUGCCAAGAAUGCAAAACGAGCAGGGUUGAGUAAAGAUAAAUUCCUAAAGAUUUAUCGACGAAUUCAGCAGCAAGCUGGAUUCAUUGAAUUCUCACAGUUACGGUUCAAAGAAGCUGCUGAAUUGUUUAAAACUGGUGCUCUGGAUGUGAGAGAGUUAAUUAAUUUAUUUCCAUUACUACUGCCAGCAAACUCCAACUUUACAAGAUCUGUGCCACUUUUACAUGAAUUUGCAGACAUUAACCAAAUAGUACGACACGAUAAAGAGAAAUUAGCCAAAUGUAAAGAGUUCUUAAUUUCAUAUUUGAAAAAUAUUAGAUGUACUAGACUAACAGUUGGACACAGAGAG